AUGAGUGCGUCACCGUAUAGCGCAGAGCUCCAAAUUGCUCUCGAUGCAGUCCACGCAGCAUCUCUCAUCACCAAAUCCGUGCUGCGAGAGCUCCAGAACAACGUUGGUGCUGAAACAAAGGCCGACGACUCGCCCGUUACCAUUGCAGACUUUGCUGCGCAGGCAUUGCUCAUCUCCGUGCUGCAUGCUGUGUAUCCUGACGACAGCUUCAUUGGGGAGGAGAGUGCUGAUGCGCUGCGCCAGAAUCAGCCGCUAGCGGACCGUGUUUGGCAGCUUGUGCUACGCGCCAAAGAACAUGCUUAUGCACAGCUGGAUGGAAAGAGCGAGUUGCAGGGCGCUCCCAGAGCACAGACGUUGGCUUUCCCCGCAAGCAAAGAGGAGAUGUUUGAGCACAUUGAUCUAGGCGGGAAAGGAGAGGUCACGGGACAGGGGAGAGUCUGGGUCAUGGAUCCGGUGGAUGGCACCGCGACUUUCAUGCAGGGGCAGCAGUACGCUGUUGCGCUCUGUUUGCUCGUCGACGGCGUGCAGCAAGUCGGCGUCGUUGGAUGUCCGAACCUCGCGUUCAAUGUCCGCGGCUCACUGCGAGAAACUCCGAUCCACGAGGACCAGGUCGACACGACUGGCUACGGCGUUAUUCUCUCGGCUGUCAAGGGUCAAGGCACAUACGUCCGCUCGAUGCAAGAGUACCGUCUUGGACAAUCACGUCUUGUCGACCUGACGUCCCUCCCGCCGAAAUCUCUUCCCGACCUAAACUUCGUCGAAGCUACCAUCGGCAAAACCUCGCUCUCGCAGACCGAGCAUCAAUCCGUCGCGGAAGCCCUCGGUUCCAGCUGGCCUGGCACCGUCAUUUGGUCACAGCAGAUGAAGUACGUCGCACUCACCCUCGGCGCUACAGACGUGCUAGUCCGCAUCCCCAAGACAGCAGCGCGAUACACAUACAUCUGGGACCACGCGGGCGGGCACAUUCUGUAUGAAGAAGCGGGUGGGAUGAUCCGGGACUUCAACGGCAAGGCGAUUGACUUCGGGCGCGGCCGCCAGAUCAAGGGCGAGGUCAACUUCGGCAUGAUUGGCGCCAUGCCUGCGGUCUUCGGGGACGUCGACCGGGCCGUCAAGGACGUCCUCGGACGACGAGAGGCUUCAUGA